AUGAAGCGCAAGACAGAAGCAAGAGGCUCUCUGGAUGCCAAUGGCCCUCGAAACUCCAAGAAGCGGGCUCUGUCCAGCGAAGAAGCCGCUGCGCGCUUUCGCGACGGUUUGUUCGACCCCGCGGAGCAGCAGAAGUAUACAGACUACCACAAGAACUCCGGGCCCUACAAGCAUGCUGUAAUUCGUCCCCUAAUUGAAGACUCCUUGCUCCGAUCUGUUCGUCAAGAGAUUCAAGACCAAGUCGAAUUCACCGAGAAGGAAACCGAUAUCUACAAGAUCUUCCAAUCGGGUGAUCUGGCCAACCUGGAUGGCUUGGAUGACUCCUCGCUCUCCAAACUGCCGUCUCUGUUGAAGCUCCGCGAUGCCAUAUACUCGGCCCGCUUCCGCGAGUACUUGUCCCAGGUGGCUGGCUCUGGGAAGCUGAGUGGACUGAAGACUGAUAUGGCUAUUAACGUUUAUACCGAAGGAUGUCAUCUUUUGUGCCAUGAUGAUGUCAUUGGCAGCCGACGUAUCAGUUACAUUCUCUACCUCACCGACCCCGACACCCCAUGGCAAGCUGAGUGGGGUGGUGCCUUGCGCCUGUUCCCAACCAAGACCGAGAAGGAUGCCGAAGGUGAAGAUGUCAUGAUCCCCAGUCCAGACUUCACUCUCUCUAUCCCCCCUGCCUUCAACCAACUGAGCUUCUUUGUCGUCCAACCUGGCCAGAGUUUCCACGAUGUCGAAGAAGUAUUUCACCACCGUGAGGGCGACGACAAGUCCAAGAAGCGAGUACGAAUGGCCAUCAGUGGAUGGUUCCACAUUCCCCAAAAGGGUGAAGAUGGAUAUAUUGAGGGAUUGGAGGAGAAGCUGGCCGAGCGCAGCAGUCUCGCCCAGCUGCAGGGCCGCGGCGACAUCUACGACCUGCCCCAGCCUCAGCCAGUCAUGUGGGAAGAACCAGAGGUAGAGACUGACAGCAAGGGCAAGGGCAAGGUAGACGAGCAUGUGGAAGACGACGAAUUCACCGAGUCCGACCUCGAGUUCCUCGUGCAGUACCUGGCACCGUCAUACCUGACACCAGAUAUUGCCGAGGAGAUGUCAGACGUCUUCCAGAACGAGUCGUCGCUCAGCCUGGAACACUUCCUCAAUGAGAAGUUUGCCUCGCGCGUGAGUGCUUACAUCGAAGACCAGGAGCGACAGCAACUGCCCACCACUGCGGAGGAGAUCGAGACUCUGACAGAGUGGACAGUGGCUCGACCGCCCCACAAACACCGCUAUCUGUAUCAAGAACAUACGGCGAACGACGCAGCAACCCCUAUCAAGGAGCUAUUGAACGUACUCUUCCCGUCCCAGGCUUUCCGAAAGUGGCUGGCCCAGAUCACCGGCGUAGACCACCUGACGAGCCAUAACUUCCUUGCGCGACGCUUCCGUCGCGGUUGCGACUACACCCUUGCUAGCGGGUACGAGGGCGAGGAACCCCGCCUGGAAUUCACUCUCGGCAUCACCCCUACAACGGGAUGGGAGAAAGAGCAAGACGAGGAUGAGGACGAUGACGAAGACGAGAGUGAGAAUGGAGAGAGUGACGCUAAGCCCAAGCCCAAGGAGAAGAACCAGGCUAAGGCUAAUGGAGACGCUGCCGAGUUCCCCUCAGUGGGCGGCUACGAGAUCUACAUGGCCGGUGACGAUGAAGAAGAAGACAAGGGCAAGGCCGAUCCAGCCAUAUACCGAUCAGCCGGUGCAGAUGAUGACGACGGAAUCCUCUUCAGCACACAGGCUGGAUGGAACAAGCUAAGCAUUGUGCUCCGAGACAGCGGAACGCUGAAAUUCGUCAAGUACGUUAGUGCGGCGGCCAAGGGUGAUCGGUGGGACAUCACUGGCGACAUUGGCGUUGAGUUUGACGACGAUGAUGAGCUCGAAGAAAUGGAUGAGUAG